ACGCGACAUAGACACCAAGUGUCUGUGUGAAAUGCAGACAUAUUUUAAUAAUUAAAUUUUCUAUUUGUAAAUAUUUUCCAAAAAAGUUUGUUUUAUUUUUUGUACAUGAUUUUCGAAAAUUUUGAAAAUAAUGACAAAAGAUUGGACCUCACUCCCCCAACAUACACUUAAAGAUUAAGAAAGAGGAGACUAGCUACUCUACUACUCCCUUGUACCAAAGAGAUCAGGUCAAAAUGUGCGAAAGUGGUACCAUUCCAAACCCCCAUCUACCCCUACCAACUCCGCCGGCGGCCGCCCAAGCGAAUGCGGGCGGAGUUGGUGGAGGCGGGAUCCGGCCAAAUUCCAUGGCCGAGCGGGCCCGGUUAGCAAAUAUCCAGAUUCCCGACGCGGCCUUGAAGUGCCCGAGAUGUGAGUCGACGAACACCAAGUUUUGCUACUUCAACAACUACAGCCUCUCCCAGCCGAGACAUUUUUGCAAGACGUGCAAGCGGUACUGGACCCGAGGGGGCGCUCUGAGGAGCGUCCCCGUGGGGGGUGGGUGCAGAAGGAACAACAAAAGGAGCAGUAAAGGCGGCGGCGGAGGAAGUAGUAAUAGUAGUUGCUCGAAGUCUACUACUACUACUACUUCCUCUGUCGGCAACGACCAACAGAGUAAUAUUUCUGCCGCUACCGCCGCCGUCGUCGCGCCUCAGAUUCAUCACCACCUACCCUUUGCUGCCGCCCAGCUCUCCGACCAUCACCGCUACCCCGGAAUCUCCCGCACUCCGGCGGAUGCGGGCGAGAACAUGAUGAUGACCCUCCACCUCGGAGGCGGCGGUGGCGGCGGCGGGGAGAAUUACAAUAAUCUACUAUCCGGAACUGGUCUCGGAGCCGCCGGAGGCAUCGCGCCACUCUUGUCGUCAGCUGGCGGCAUUCAGCAACCGCCACCGCAGUUCUCAUUCUUCGACCCUCUCUACAACUUCCACCCAGCGGGAUUCGAGUUGUCGCCGCCUUCCGGCUUCACGAGCGGCGCGGGCUUCGGGCCGCGGGUCCCGCCCUCGACGUUCGUCCAACCCGCUACUGCUGCGGUGCCCGUGAAGACGGAAGACGGCGACAACUGCUACCGCAACUACCACAACAACAUGAUGAUGGUGAACAACAACUCUAACAACAACAAUGUGGGAGUUGGAUUGAACUCCAUUGUUAUCAACACUACUGGAAAUAAUGAGCAGUGGUGUAAUUGGAGUGACAUUAAUUCUGCUAGUUUCAGUUCUUCUUCAACAAGCAACAAUCACUUGUAAACCACACAUAUAUUGAUGGUGAGCUAGUGGCAAUUUAUCCAUUAUAACUUUCGGCGUACAUUAAGAAUCAAACGAAUUUGGACAUAACGUACGUCCAUAUUCUUUUGAUUCUUAGUGUACGUAAAAAGUCUAGACAGUUAUUUAAGAGCGAAAAAACAUGUCUAAUAGUU